GUGUAGGGCGGGGCGAUGACGAGAGGGUAGCAACAGUUGCCCGGGUGAAGGCAAGGCGCCAUAGUCACGGUAGUCCUAGCGACAAGAACCAAGCAACGGGAGUCAACAACAACAACCUAUAAUAUAAGGGGAAAAUACUUCAACGACUAAAAAGGACAAUAUUGGGACAAACUAGAGAACUAGCACCUCAAAGCCUUGGUUGCCAUGGCAACUUCUGGAUACUCAGAGGACCUUCAGCCUCAGCAGGCCAAUACAGUAACCAUAGCAACACCAUCUCCUACCACACCCUCAUCCGCAAAGACGGCACACUUCCUGUCCGAGAUCCCACCAACCUCUGGAGCCAUUGCAUCGGCUAACCAAUCGGCCACUGUCUCAAAAACAGGACAGGACGCACUUUGUUCUCAAGCGCCGCCCAUCAACCAGAAGGCAGUGGUUCUGACGACUCCCACGCAGCACUAUGUAUCCCAAGAAAUCCAGCACUCUGCUGUCCAGAAAAGUAAUGGUCAGAGCAACUCGCCCCAGUACAUCAUAGUAACUGUUACAGAGGGCUCAGUUCACUCCAAUGACAGCUUGUCAGACUCUAGCCCACCUGCCACUGGUGUUCCUACUCAGGUGGUCCAACCAGUGCAGACUACCCAACAGAGGUCAGUGUUGCAAGCGGUGUCGCAGGCAGCCAAGAGGAUUCAGAUUAAGAACCUACAGUCUGGGGACAUUCACCGGGAGGUGGAGCAUGUUUACUCUGGCCAGGUGCAGUAUGUGGACGGAGGAGGAGACACGACUUUUACCACGUCCUCCAUUCGAUCGAGCAACUACCCUUUCUCCGACUCGCCCCUCUACUCGCAGACCCCUUCCUCCUCGUCCUCCUACUACGAGGCCACACCCAGCUCUGAGUCAGACAUCACUGGCUCUGUCACCUCGCAGCCCGUUUCUGUGGCAACAGCGGGAGCCAAUAGUGGGGGAGCUGCUACGGGCGGAGGGGGCUAUGUCAUUCAGGGAGGUUAUGUGUUAGGAGGAACAGCAGCAGGUGGAGGAGGACAGAGUUACACCAGCCCUAACGCUCGUGCCCCACCCGCUACUGUGCAGUGGCUGUGUGAUAACUACGAGGGGGCAGAGGGGGUAAGUUUACCUCGCUGCACCCUCUACUACCACUACCUGCUGCACUGCCAGGAGCAGAAACUAGAACCUGUUAAUGCUGCAUCCUUCGGCAAACUCAUCAGGUCUGUCUUCAUGGGGUUGCGUACACGGAGAUUAGGAACCAGAGGGAACUCUAAGUACCACUACUAUGGACUGAGGAUCAAAUCUGGUUCCCCGCUGCUCAGACUGAUGGAUGAACAACAGCACAUGGCGAUGAGGCAGCAGCCUUUCUCACAGAAAAACAGGAUAAAGCCACUUCAGAAGUCACAGGGGAUCACCAAUGGGACAUCAGGUGGGAUGGGUCAGCAGCAGGCGGCGGCACUAUGUGAUAUUUCGGCGCAGGUGCAACAGUACCAGCAGUUUCUGGAGGCAUCAAGGCCGCUGCCAGACUUUGUGGACAUUGAUCUGCAAGAUGGAACCCUGCCUGAUGGGAUCCUUUUAGAACACCUCAAGGCCUUUCAGACUCUCUACAGGGAACACUGUGAGGCCAUCCUGGACGUGAUGGUCAACCUUCAGUUCACUCUCGUGGAGACACUUUGGAAAUCCUUCUGGCGGUUCAGCCAGAGCAGUGACAGCGAAUCACUUAACCUGCACAAUGAGUCUGAGAAGCGUCUGCCCAAAUCGUGCCUGGUGGUGCUGUGUAAGUAUGAGCCUGUGCUGCGCUGGACCAAAGAGUGUGACAACCUGCUCUACCAGACUCUGGUGGAGAUCCUCAUCCCUGAUGUACUGAGACCCAUCCCCAGUGCCUUAACCCAGGCCAUCCGCAACUUUGCCAAGAGUCUGGAGAACUGGUUGACAGGCGCCAUGAUGAACAUCCCAGAAGAGAUGGUUCGCAUAAAGGUAGUGUGUGUGGGCUCCUUCUCCCAGACGCUGCGCCGCUAUACCAGCCUGAACCACCUCGCCCAGGCAGCCCGCGCAGUCCUCCAGAACUCCGCCCAGAUCAACCAAAUGCUCUCAGACCUCAACAGGGUUGAUUUCACUAAUGUACAGGAGCAGGCAUCCUGGGUAUGUCAGUGUGAAGACCGUGUGGUACAGAGGCUGGAACAAGACUUUAAAAUGACCCUGCAGCAGCAGAACUCUCUGGAGCAGUGGGCUACCUGGCUGGAAGGGGUUGUGUCUGAGGCCCUGAAGCCCUACGAGCACAACCCUAUCGUGCUCCCAAAGGCUGCAAAGGUUUUCCUGCUCAACUGGUCCUUCUAUAGCUCUAUGGUAAUCCGGGACCUGACUUUGCGCAGUGCUGCCAGCUUUGGCUCCUUUCACCUGAUCCGCUUGCUGUAUGAUGAGUAUAUGUACUACCUGAUAGAACACCGGGUGGCCCAGGCUAAAGGAGUAACACCCAUUGCGGUCAUGGGAGAAUUUGCAAGCACUGUCAAGAGCCGAAUCUCUCCGGACCUGGAGAAAGAAGAAGAGGAGGAUGACGAGGAAGAGGAAAGCGAGGACGAGGGCGGAGAUCUCGUGCUGCAGUCCAGCUCGCUGAGAGCGGUUGAUGACGAGAAGGACACGAUGGAGCCGCCCGCCAAGCUGUCCAGGACCAGUUUCAAUCUGCACUCUCUGACCGACAGCACCCCAUCUUAGCCGCUCAUAUAUAUAGUUAUCACACAUGUACACACACACACACACACACACACACACACACACACACCACACACACACAUUUUGCUUUAAGUUCAACAUCAUGUCAUACCAUUUUGUCACCCUGUUUGGCCUUUGGGUUUGCAAACAGAUAAUGUUUGGUGUGUGCGUGUGCGCGCAAGUAUGUUAGAAUGUGGAAGAGCCCUUUGCCAAUUUUGUACUUUCAUUCUGCCAUUCUUUUUCUCUUUGCCUUUACCUGAUAUUUUACAGUCCUUCCCUCAUUCCCUGUGCCUUCCCUGUUUGUCCAGUGGCAAGAUGCCAUUAGCCACUUCUGUCCAGUCUCAACUAUAUUGUAUACAAUAUAUAAAUAUAUAAUAUAUACAGAUGGGUGAAAAAUUAAAAGUAAAAACCUGAAUUUAGGAGUGAGGAAACAUAACGAAUGCAGAUGCUUCCAGAGAGGUGCACUGCAUUGAACAAUUAAGCAAAUAACAGCCAAUCAUGCGCUGUGGCAUGUAUAAAAAACGCUGAGCAGGCCCACUUGAUUCUGAUUUUGUAUCAAGAUGGCAGGAGGAAAAGAUCUAAGUGACUUAAGGAAGUUACGCAGUUGUUACUUUUUUUUUAAACAUGUACAAGUAGUUUUAUCAUGAAAUAGACACAUAAAGACUUUAUAACUUGUUUCUCGAAGAGUGCGUUGGCUCUUUUUUCUUUAAAGAUCCAAGUGACUUUGAAAGGGAGUUUAUUGUUGGGGUACACACAGCAGGAGCUUCAGUCACAACUGGCUGCUGUUUUAAUAGGACCAGGUGUGACUAAAGUACAUCUUGCUGGCAUGGCUGGGUCCGCUUGUCCCCUCAGAGGGAAGACUCACUGCAAAUCACUACAAAGUUGCUCUGCGCAAUCACCUCCAGUGGUCUCUUCCACAGUGACAAUGUCCCCAUCCAUAUGGCUUGAGGGGUCACUGAAUGGUUUGAUGAGUAUGAAAAAUUAUGUAAAUGAUAUCCUGUGGCCUUCACGGUCACCAGAUCUCAACCCAAUCUUAGACAGCACUCUCCGCCGCCAUCAUCCAAACAUCAGAAUGAGGAAGAAUGGCUUUCAUCCCUCCAGUGAAGUUCCAGAAGCGUGUAAUCCAUGCCAAAACCUUACUAAGACAUUUAAUGUUGGUUUAUUUCUUCAGUUGGUCACCUGUCUGUAUAUUCUUGAUUCCCUCCUGCCCCGCCUUAACCACUGACCUGAUUGCUGAAAAGAGAUAAGAAGACUCCAGUGUUCUUCCUUGUACUCUAAACUCAAAAAUAUCUUGUACCUUGCCUUUAAAGCAAUGACUAUGCAGGGCACUGUCUGAAAUAUACAAUGUUGUAAUCUCAGAGUAGCGUCUGGAAUGAUACUGCACCAUGGAUGUUGUUUGACAGAUAUGUGGAUGCCAUAUUUGACUUAAUUUAAUUUCUUAUUAAUUUGGCCAAUUAACUGAAACCCUGUGCCUUUGAGAGAUUUCUAGCCUAAAGAAAGCUUAUAUUCUAUAUAUACUGUAUUGUGGAUUAAUAAAUGGAAGUCAUGUAAAGUAGUCUUGGUGUUGUCAUGAACUUCUACUAGCUGUGACAAAAAUAUUGAAAUGGUGACAGUCAAGCCUCGUGAUGAUUUUGCUCAGUUUGCUGUUCUUCAUCCAUCCAUCCAUCCAUUACUUAAUUCAAGAUCAUUUCUUUUAUAUACACACAAACACACGCACACAGUUUAGACACUUCAUAGAUGCAGUGCAAGUUGAGUGGGCCACAGGACAAGAGCAAAGCUUAUCCCACCCAAUCAGCAGCACUUACUACACUGUAUCCAUGGCGACCUUUGUACCAGCUACUUCUCAAAGUUUUUGUAGUGUAAAAGUAGAUGUGUAUUUUCUGGGUAUCAAUGUUGAACAUUUUGUAAAUAACCUAUAUUGCGUACCUUUGGUGAACAUUGUCACAUAUCCAAACUAUUUAUAUGUUGUUUAACCAUUGUUGCCUUAAAAAAUAUGUUGUGCUAUGUCCACUAUCCAGAUGAUUGAACUAUAUUUUUAAUUGUAAUGAUGGACCAAGCAUGUGAAUAUGGAGACUUUCUAGAUGGACCCUUUCCAAAGAGCACAUGCUCAACCAGCAGCUUCUCACGUGGCAUGAGCAGAUGUUGAUUUUAUGAAGUGUUGGACUGUCCUCCUUCAGGAUGGUCUGACUACAAAGAUCCCACCAAAGAGCACUAAAUAGGAAACGAGUAUAUUUACAUUUAUGCAUAUGGUGAGGACAAACAAAAUAAAAUCAACUGGUAACUGCAAUGUCACUACUAUAAAAAAUUGUGACUUAGAUUCCAUCCUUGGCUAGUGCUGCUGAACCUUUUCUAAAAGAGCUCCUCUUGAUGUUAUUCUGAAGACAUUUGUACUUAAAUCUGUGAUCGUUUGUAGCUUUAUUCUCACUGUUAACUAAAAAGAUCUGAUUACUCUUAAAA